UUUAAUUAUCAAAUACAAAUAAAAAACAAAUCAAUAUUAAAUGACCAAUUUAACUCACUCCAAUUCUUUCAAAAAAAGAAAAAGAUCAUCCGGAAAAAAAAGGAAACAGGUUGUACUAUAAAAUCGGGGGAAGCUUGAGAAUCUCAACCAAGGGGAACGUGAAAAUUAGGGUUUCUCUAACCAUGAAACCCAGUAUCGAACCUGGUGAGUUUGAUUCCAUUCUCCCAUGGGAAAUUCAGAUAGAAAUCUUGUCGUGGGUUCCGGUGAAGACCCUGAUGCAAUUUAGAUGCGUUUGCAAAUCAUGGAAAUCACUCAUCUCUGAUGACAAAUCGUUCGAAAAAUUGCACAUGCACAGAUCAGCAAAAAACAAGCACGUACUCCACACCCUACUCAAAACUGGCGGCCCUCCUUGCUACGAUGAUAAUGAGGACCUCUGCCUCGUUCCGUGCCCGGUGCGUCGUUUGGUUGAGGAUCGAUCAUUCAUGAUCGAUGAAGAUGGGUGCUGCAACUUGAAGGGCAAGUACUACGUACUUGGUUCAUGUAACGGCUUGGUCUGUUAUCGCUACACUUGGGGUUAUCAUGAUCAUGAUUUCGCGCGCAGGGGCCGGUUCCGGUUCUGGAACCCGGCCAUGCGCUUGUGGUCUAAAAAGACACCAACCCUUAACAUGACCGAUUACAUGAGCUAUGGAUUCGGCUAUGAUGAUUCACGUGACACUUAUAAGGUGGUGGGAAUUUUGGAUUAUUGGUUCGGAGGGGGCAAAUGGGCGACAAUGGUUUAUUGUAUGGGUGAUAGAUGUUUGAGAGAGAUUUCAAGUAAACCUAGUUUCAGACUUUGGAUACGGGGAAAAUGGGGACAGUUUGCGGGUGGCUGUCUUAAUUGGUUAGCAGUUGACGAGUUGAAUCAGCCUAAUCAAAACCUUCCGUAUAUUGAGCGGCAGGCAUUGGUGAUUCUUUCAUUUGACAUGCGUAAAGAGACGUAUAGAUCUUUGUCAUUGCCUGAGGAUACUAGUGUUGUUAAUACAAACCUUAGUGUUUUGGGAAAUUGUCUGUGCCUUUCUCAAGACAGUAAAAGAACCCAUUUUGAUGUGUGGCAAAUGAGAGAGUACGGAGUUUGA